GAGAGGGAUUUAAGAGGAAGAACUAGUACAGAUAUAUAUUUACCAGAGCCGUAUCGCACAACUCCACACUCUCGAUACCUAUAUACAACAUUGUCAGAAAACCUGGCAAAGCAUGCACGACCAGAAGAAGAAGGAGAAGAAAGCGCUAACUCCAGAGGAGAAGGCGGCGGCAGCGGCAGAGCACGAGCGGGUUGGGGUGCUCUACAAGGCUGUCCUGCACACCUCCAAGGUGCACGACUACUCCAUGAAAACGUUAGACGAUACGGAAAGCUUGCUACUGGCGGUGCCGGAUGCUUACUCGGCGUAUAACUGCCGCCGCCGCGCACUCGAGACGGUGUGGAAGGCGGCGGAGUCCGGCGCAGUGGCUGCCACCGCUGCAGAAGCAAAGAAUGCGGCAGCGGCGCCACCGAUGACGCGGCAGGAAUGGCUUCAGAAGGAGCUAAAGUUGAACUCCAAAGUGCUCCUUAUGAAUUACAAAAACUACAACGCCUUUGUGCAUCGGCACUGGGUGUUUGACCAAACGGAGGCGUUGGCCAAAGCAGAGCUCGUGCAACUUGGGUCACGGGGAGGAGACGGCGCGACGGCUCCCAAUGACGGUGCAGCACCGUCUUUUAUCCUUCUUCAGAGCUUACUGCAGAAGGAACGGGCGCAGUGUGAACAGCUUCUGCAGAUGGAUGAGCGCAACUUCCACGCGUGGAACUACCGUCGAUGGGUCGUGGCGAAGGAAUGCCGCGCCAGUGCACUCGCACGUGCCUAUCUUCACGCCUCUCCCCUCUCCAGUGAAGGCAUGCAGCCCGCCACGGUUGAUGCGGGUGCGGUGGCCACUGAGGAGAGCUCCCCAGAUGCGUUUACAGCAGAUGAGGCGGCUGAGCUGGCGUACACGACGCAAAAAAUCAAGAACAACUUCUCCAACUACAGCGCGUGGCAUCAGCGGUCUCUGGCAUUGAAAUCGGCUGCGGCCCGCUGGCGCGAACAGCUGGCAGGGGCCGACAACAGCUCUUCCACGGAGAGAACUCGGAAGGAAUGCCACAAGGCCCUCCUCACGCAGCUUCGCGAGGACGUUGGGUUUUUAGAGCACGCCAUUUACUGCGAUCCAAACGAUCAGUCUGCGUGGUUCUACGCCCCUUUUGUGCUGCAGCUGCUGCGUGACAAUCAACAGACGGCAGAGGAGGCCGCAGAGGCCGUCGCCCUCACGGAUGUGUUCGUGAACGCGGUGAUUGAGCUGAUCGCAGAGGUGGACCGCGUGGGCACUGAUGAUGAGUGUUACAUGCCGAACUACUUUCUGCUGGAUCAGCUCCUCGGCCUGCAGGCCGCCCUCGGCGAAGACGGCAAAGCGGCUGUGGCGCGCUACACCGAUGCGUUGUGCCAGAAGGUGCCCACUCUGGCUGCUGCGGCGACGGACAGCGAAGCGGACAAGACGGGUCGCUGCUUUCGCUUUCUGCACGAUCGUCUUUGCAAGGCAGAUGUUCUGCGCAAAGGCUUAUACGACGACAUGUUGAAGAGGGCGACACGGAGCACGGCGUAA